AUGUUUCACGUUAGGAGUAAUCUCAAUUGUUUUCAGAAAACUCGCAUAUACAAACGACACAAUAUGAAACAUGUUUAUGAUGUGAGAAAAUACAUUUACGCCAUGUCGCAAUUCGAAAUCCCUAGAUGGCUUGAGAAAUCAUACAUGAGUGAUACAUGGAGCAAGGAUUCCAAUUGGAUGGGUUACAUCGAUGUGGGUAAUGAUCUGGAAUCGAAGAGGAUCGGAAUAAGAGACAUCAUGGUGGUGUGGCGUGGCACUGUGCUUCCUUCCAAAUGGUAUGAAGAUAUGCAACGAGAUCUCGAGCCAUUAGGGCACGAGGAAGCGAAGGUGGAGCGAGGGUUUCUGAGAAUCCACAAAUCGAAGCGUAUAUAUACACGAUACAACAAAACCAAUGCAUCAGAGCUAGUAAUUGAAGAGAUAAAGAGAUUAACGAAGUUCUACAAAUCAAUCGGCGAACAAGUGAGUCUCACGCUCACCGGCCACAGCUUGGGCGGCACGUUAACUUUACAGAACGCGUACGCCGCCAUGAGGUUUCCAACUCUUCUGAUAAAUGUCAUCUCCUUCGGCUUGGGCGACACGUUAGCUUUACAGAACGCGUACGUCGGAAACAUCGCAUUCAGGGAUGAACUUCACCACGGAGGCGUCAAAGCACUACAUCACAAUCAAAUAAGAUCUAGUCCCUCGAAUGCCAGGUAUUGUCGUCAUCUACACAUAUAG